UUUAAUGUUGAUUUCACAAAAUAAGCAAAACAAGCACAUUUGAAAUUAAAAAGAAAUGAAGCGUAGAUCCAUAUUUUUAGAUUACAGUAGAAAGUGAAUUCUGGGCGAUCUUUAAAGUGAAUUUUGGGCGAUCCUGUGUGUAGGUGGACGCUGAUGUGUCAGUGAAACGACACUUGACACGUGUUGCAAGUGGUCACGUCUUGGAAUUUUGGUGUGUCAUUGGGAGUGUUUAGUCCAAUAUGAAUAUGAUGAUGAUGAUGAUGAUUAUGUGUACAUAUAAGAUAGCUUCCUUAAAGGCAGGUCAGGUCAUAAAAAGACACAAGUGGCGUGAGGAAUACUGUUGGACAGAAGCUAUGGCUUUCAGGCUCAAGACACUGCACUUGGCGCUGCUAAUGACGUUCAUGGCAUUUCAAUGUCACGCGGCGCCCCUCGAGGCCAACGAUUGCCAGGACGCCUUCUCCAGACUCAAGUCAAUAAUGAGCGUCCUUAUCCUGCAAACGGAGCAUCUACUCCGCGAAUAUAUGGCGUUCCACGGUCUGAACUUCUUGCCUACCAAAAUGCCAGACUACGCCGUGAAGGGCUUCAACUUUUCCGAGCAGCUUCAGGACAUCUACUCCCAGAACGUGGUGUUCAACCAGCAUAUUCAGAAGGUUGAACAUUACCAGAUUGAAGACUGGGGAAACCCGGAAAACGUCGCCGAGCCUCUAUACGAAGUCAAAGGGAGUUUUCGCAGCCAUACAGCGAUUUUGAUCCAAAUGGCCCAGCAACUCUACCCGGAGGUGGUCCUGACAACUGUACAGCCUCAGCACGAGAUCCACAAUCAUGGUUGGGCUAAGAAGUCCUAUGGCAGGAAGGUCAUCGUAGGCCUUAAAAACUGGCUCGCCAAUGUCCAAAAGGUCCUGGAGGUGACUCAGGGGCCCUGUGACAACCACACUGCUGAGGCUCAGCAAGCCUGAUGGGUGUUAAAGAACUGUUAGAGAAUGUUAGCGAGACUCCAAAAUCCAGCUCAAGGAGGUAGCUGGAUCUGAACUGUGUUUCACUGCUGAUUACUGUCCUUUUCUGAAGACUUUCUGAGAGAAGCGUUGGGUGGGGUGGGGGGGGGGACUGACACCCCAGCUGAAAUUGGCCACUCUUGGGUCAUGAAGGUUUCUGCUGAGUUUUUUGGAAAAACUGUUCACAGGGUGUAUACAUAUGACCAUAAUUCCGUUCUAGAAGGUAGAUAGAUAUUUGCCACAGCUGAUUCCUUCUAACUGAGGCUGCAGACCUCCAAGCAGAAUCAAAAUCCAAAAUGUUCCCAAUUCAUAACCAGUACUUUCAAGUCAGUGGGUGAAGACCUCUACCCUGACCCCAGAAUCUAUUAUUAUUAUUUUUGCACUAUACGUCUCCGCCCACUCCUGGCGGAGUAAAUGAAGAGAUUCAGUGAAGUUGUAGAAAAAUUUAAAUCCAGAUGCAGAAGCUAGUCACAUAUAAAUUGAGUUAUGUUGAGGCUGUGGGGGGAAAAAUACUGACUGGACAUGGAACUCAGAGGGUCCAGAUUCAGAAGGGAGCCUGAUAUUUUCCACUAUGGAUUCCAACAUUAUUCUUCUAGUAGAAGUAAUUUUCCCCAGAAUAAAAUCUUCCUUGGCCCACAGGUCAACGCUCACAAGAGUUGUAGCAAGGAAUCAGAGGGCGCAGAUCUCUGUCAAGGCCCCAGAGUUCCGAGCCAGAAGCUUUGUCCGGUCUAAACGAAUCUGUCACCUUUUUCCAUUCCUCCGAUGAGGUUACUGUUGUUCUUUAGUCACUGUAAAAUAUGAUUAUUUAAUUUAAUAUUACUACUUGCUGUAUGUUAUAGUUCUAUUUUUUUUAUGAAUUAAUGUGCCAAGUUUAUAAAUAAAGUUGUUUUUUGUUCAUAAAUUUUGUUGUUGUUGCUUAAGUAUUGUCAGCCACACAUGAACAAAAUUGCACUGGGACAUAGGACAGGUUAAUAUGAAUAUUUGACUCUGUAAUAAUAAAGUAGACUAUCCUAAUGAAAAUCUCAACAAAAAUCACCAGAGAUAUUCAGUCAUCAUUUAAAUGCUUGAGGGAUAACACAUCACAUCUCCUUAUUUGACCAUUUUCCCAAGAAAAACGCAGGACAUCACAAAGCGUUUGGUAAAAACACAAGCAACAUGAGUUAGACUUCCCGGAAGUACCGGGAAGGACUUAAUUGCAUUAGUUUUUGUUGUACAAUAUUUAUAAAUAUUGAAGUCAUCAAAUCCACAAAUACAACUGUCAUUUUUGUGAGUAGAAACUGAGAUUGAAUACAUAAAAAACAUCAAAAUUGCACUUAAACAUUGAACAGCUAUUAACAUUGAUACUGUCUUGUGCAUUUAUCAGUCUUAAAAGUCACAAGCAACAUGUAUAUAUAAAUAUAUACAUCUCUAUUGUACAUGGCGGCACGGUGGACUCAGCUGGUAAAGCGUUGUCCUCACAGUUCUGAGGACCCGGGUUCGAUCCCGGCCCCGGCUGUGUGGAGUUUGCAUGUUCUCCCCUGCGUCGGUGUUCUCCAGGCGCUCCGGUUUCCUCCCGCAUCCCAAAAACAUGCAACACUAGGGUCGCGGGGAGUACUGCAGCUUAUCCCAGCUGUUAACAGGGAGGAGGCGGGGUACACCCUGAACUGGUUGCCAGCAAAUCGCAGGGCACAUGGAGACAGACAACAGUCGCACUCACAAUCACACCUAGGGGAAAUUUAGUGUGUCCAAUUAAUGUUGCAUGUUUUUGGAAUGUGGGAAGAAAACAGAGUGCCCGGAAAAAAACCCACCCAGGGACGGGAAGAACAUGCAAACUGAAAAUGAAAUAAUUUUGGUGAUCCUAACUGACCUGAAACAGGAGAGGUUUAGUCUGAUUUGACUUCAGACAGUGAGACAAAAAAAAGAAAUUUCUUUAUACAGAGUUAAACUUCGGGCUUCAAUUGUGGAAGUAUGUGUGUAUGUAUAUGCAUGUAUUUGUGUGCGUGUAUAUACAUAUGUAUAUACACACACACACA